AUGUCUGACCAAAACAUCCACAAAGCUGGUUUCACUUCCUCCGGGAUCACAGGAGGAUCACUUGCUUCGUCGAUGAUGUCCCAGGAAGCAAGAGCAUCUGGGGGAGGCGUGCAUUCUGGAGGCCCUACUGCUACUCUCCAAGAAAUGGGUGCCAGAAGCUCAGCCCAUUCAUCAGGUUUUACCAACAGUGGGAUCUCCAGUGGAUCCCAAGCCUCUCAGAUGAUGUCCCAGGAGGCCAGAUCUCACGGAGGCGAAACUCCCAGGGGCGGUACAACUUCCACUGUCCAGUCCAUCUCAAUGGGUGGCAAAGGAGGAAGACACUGA